CCCCCGACGCCUCCGGUCGACCUUGGUCUGCACCUCCCAGCGCACCCGGACGACGUCGACGGCCACGUGCUGCCCGAGGACCCCGAGGACCCCGAGGACCCGCACCCGCCCUCCACGAUGACCAGCAUCUCCGAAUUCCGCAAGAAGAAACUCCUCUACAUCUUCAACGUCUUCUUUGACGUGAACCGAAGCGGCACCAUCGAGAAGAAGGACUUCGAAAUCGCGGUGGAGCGCAUCUGCGAGGUGCGCAACUGGCCGUCCGGGACCCCGGAGGCGGACAGGACCAAGGACAUCCUGAUGAGCGUCUGGGAGGGCCUGCGCACGCGCGCCGACAGCAACCAGGACGGCCAGGUGUCGCACGAGGAGUGGAUCGCCAUGUGGGACGACUACGCCAAGAACGCCGAGCAGCCCGCGGACUGGCACCGCCGCUACAUGGAGUUCAUGUUCGACGUGGAGGACACGUCAGGAGACGGGAGCAUCGACGUGGAAGAGUUCACCCAGGUGUGCACGUGCUUCGGGGCCACCAAGGCCGAAUGCGAGCAGGCCUUCCAGCGCUUCUCCCAGAACAACUCGGUGCUGGUGACGAGGGACGUGUUCGCCGAGCUGUGGAAGGAGUACUUCGUGUCGGAGGACCCGAACGCGGGCGGCAACUGCAUCUUCGGGAAGCCCAACAUCAACUAGGCGGCUCCGGGCGGCAGCGGGCCGCACAGCCCUCGCCGCGCCGGGCCAGCCAGCACACUGCCAAAAGGCGUCGCCAUUCGAGGAGAAGCGCCACAACAGGACGGCGGGAGGACGCCACGCGAAGAGAAACUAUUUUUCACCAAGUUUAGAGUGUAUCGUCAAAUGACGACUCCCAUUUUUGCAGUGUGCUAGCGCCCGGUCACGGCGGAAGGGAGGAGGGGUGGAGAUCUUGGCAGCACUGUAAAGGUUGAUCGCUAUGAUUUGGAUGGUUAACAAAUUCCUCUUUAUUUUCCUUAAUGUAAUGUACUACGUUGUGAAUUGAGUAAAUGUGCGAAUAACAUGCCAUCUUCCGAAGGCAGCUCACAGUCAAGUUGCGCCACAGCUUUUCACCAACACCAUUUCGGCAAAAUGAAAAUGAAGGCUCUGCAAGCUCCACCCCGGUCUGUGCGUAGAUGACAUUCAUUCUUGUUCAUUGUUGUUGUGUUCGAGCGCGUCGUCGUCACGCGCCGCGCCUUCUCGAGUGUUCCUUCCAGAAGCAUCGUUACAGUGAGGAUAGGCCAGACGAUCACGGCGUUUUAAGUACGUUGGGCGUUACUGAGGUUUCGUUAGUUCAGCGCAGAAGGUGGCGCAGUUUCUCGAAGGAAUGAUGGAAAUAAGAAGAACUUUAUCCGUUUAACAAAGAUUUGUUUUCGGGCCAACAAAAAUCAUUACGUGAAGUGGACGUCAAUUGUGUGAACAGUGGUGCGUAAAUGCGUCACCUUCUUUUCAAAUCGAACUUACGUCUUUUAAAAUAUUUUAAAAUAGUGAUUAAAUUAAAACCAGCUGGAUCAAUAAAAAUACACAACUGAAAAGGAAAAAAGAACCAAUUUAUUUAGCCUUCAGAAAGCGCACGCAGAAAGGUUUCGCGUAGCUGAGAAAACAGACUGAAACCUCAAAGUAAAAUCUGAUGCUUGUUAAACGUUCAAAUGAAACGCUUCAAACCUUCAAAAGAAUCAGUAUUUGUUAGAGUCCGUGUCAACCGAUUCCCAUACAUCAAGAGAAACUGUCCGAUUCAUUCACUCCCUGUAUGACAAAAAAGAAUGCUCGAGGUAGCAUAGAACAUAACUCAACUAGCUAAUCUAUUUCUCUUUCCACUUCGAUGUUUCAAAGAUCCUGUAUUCUUCUCGUUAGUCUUCUACUUCCAUAGCAAAAAAAUGUGUAGUGUAGCAAUAUGUACGUAUCUCAAGUCACAUUUCUGAACCUCAAUUAAAUCAUAUUUCGUAGCGGUUAGUUGAGUUCACAAUUUUUAUCCAAGAGAGUAUAUAUCUACGUAAUUAAUGUGAACCCUUCAGAUGUAUGAUGUUUGUUCUGCUGCGUGCUGGAGACCACCUGGAACAAAAUACAGGACAGACAAAAA